UCAGCGUAAUGAAGUUGGUAACAUUGGUGUCAGCAGAAGAGACCUAUUUUUAACUGUAGAAAGCUCUUCGCCUCGGGCUAUAUAGGCUGGUCCUCAGACCUCUCGGCACCGUGAGCAGAGACAGCGGGCUCCAUCUCUAAAGGGGCAACAGUAGACCAGUUUGUCCACAGCGAAGUGAUGGAUGUCGGAGCCAGGGACGGCGAGGGACCGCUGCAGCGCAUCAUCUGAUCGCCAGUCAAGGGAGGGGCAUUCACUCCGAACCUAAUCCCAGAUGCAACAUCCAGCCUUUCAGCAAAAUCCACAUCUCUACGGACCGUUGUGAUAUGAAGUAGAUAUCACGCGCAUAAGAGCGAGGGGAGGAGGGGGGCAGGCACAGGCUGGACCGCAGCUGCUCCGCUUUCGCAAAGUUCUCCAUACAGAAGGGAGGGCGCGGAGGCCGGUUGAGUGAGAGGGACGUUUUCCUAGAGGCUGCCAGUGUUUGGGGCAACACAGCGCAGAGAUAGAGAGAGGGAGAAGCCCCUCUCCAGCUCUCCUCUCCGUCACUUUCGAGCUCUUUUCAGACCGAAGAGGAGCAUAAUGGCGAAAAUGAGGGUGUCAUACGAGUACUCGGAGGCGGAGGAUAAGAGUAUCCGACUAGGACUGUUCCUCAUCGUCUGUGGCAUCCUGUCCCUCUUUAUCCUCGGGUUCUGCUGGCUCAGUCCAACUCUACAGAGCAUGCAGAGCAAACCGGCCAACUGCACGGUGGUGUCCGUGCUCAGACCGGAGGAGAUGUUCGAGUGCGUGUUCACGUGCGGGGCGGACUGCAAGGGGACCUCGCUGUAUCCGUGUCUGCAGAUAUUCGUCAAUAAUUCCGAGUCGAACUCCGUGGCUCUGCUGCACUUUGAUGAACAGCAACUGGUGCUGAACCCAAAGGUAAAUGACUACAACUCUAGAACGAGAACACUGUGAAGGAGCGCUCUAGACUGUAUAGUCGACACAGUGUUGCAGUUACUGAAUGCAAAGCUGUGAACGAUCGAUACAGUAGCUAGUCAAAGUGUCUGGCUGGAAAAGUUCCCAGUCUUAGUUUAUUGACAUGAGCUAGAUCGAUAUUAUGUUAAUGGUUUUAAUGGUUGCCUGUUUUUUAAAACUAUGUUAAUGUAAACACACUGUUUGUAUACUAAAGACGAAAUAACGAUCUUGCUAUUUUCUAUUCCAAAGAUA